AUGAAAAUAUCCCUCUUUGUGGAAUUUAAAGAACAGUCUGAAAAGUCACAUAAUUCUCAUUCUGAUCUUAUUCCAGAGACUCAAACAGGAGCAGCUAGGUAUGUUUUAGUAUCAGAUGUCUUGAGGACAUGGCACGAUGCUCAGAUUUACUGCAGACUGCAUUACACCGACCUGGCCAUCAUUCGGACUCAAACUGACAAUGACGUGCUAGAUGUCGCUACUCCUUAUGACGACUACGUAUGGAUUGGUAUGUUUAGGGAUUCAUGGAAGUGGUCAGAUGGGACAAAUGUCAGCGCUUACCCUAUUAACUGGGCGAGUAUUCAACCAAAUGUGGACGGGAUGGACCCGAUUUGUGUUGCUGCAGAACUUGAUGGGUAUUUCAAUGAUCAGUACUGCUCAGAUCUCUUUCCUUUCAUCUGCAUGUACAAUGCAACGACUGCUACAACUACCACAACUCCAAUCACUACCACAGCUCUAGUGACUAUCCCAACUUUAAUGAUGGUUUCAAAUUCAGCGCCUGUUACCAGCUGGAAGCAGGAGAUUUUAAGAGUGGAGAUAAAGUCUGGUCAAAAUCUAAACGACCCUACAAAAAUGCAGUUCAUCUUACAGUGGAUAAAGCAGAAACUGACAGUAAAGGGACUGGACAUCACAAAUAUGACAUGGAAAACACAACCAGAUGGAAAUGUUUUCACAAUCAAACCUGAAGAAUAUCAACCCACCCAACAAUCUUGUUAUCCUGAAAUAUAACAAUACUAGGAAAUCUAGUGAUUUAUCAGAUUGUCAUGAGCUUUUGUCUUCAAAAAGUAAACAAAUGUUUUUAAUUAAUUUAGAAAUGUUGUUUUAAUACAUGUGCUGAGAUCAUUUAAAUACCAAACUACUACAGUAAAUAGACUCUAAAUGUGUCUUCAGAAGUCAAUAUGUUGUGUAUUUCCGUAUAGACUUUUAUCAGCCUAUAGUGAAGAGGAGUACAAUUGGGUUUGUAUAUUCAGUUGUACAUAAUGAGAUCAGAGCUAUAAUAGCGUUUCAAUACAUUUAAAUGUAGUCAUUCUGUGUAGGUCUGGGUUGUUCAAAUUCGGCAUUUACUUUACUUGCUGACUAAAAUAUUUUAGUGAAUAACUAUCAUUAAUACUUUCUGUAUAUCAUAUAAUGUUUUAUGAUGGAUUAAUGCAACUAUG